UGUGUGCAUGCAUUGCAUUACUCUGUUUCCUGUAUACAUAUCCCUCUGCUCUCUUCACACCAGGGGCGGACGGCUGGAGGGGAAGUGUGCUGCUGGGUACUUCUGCCAGGCCAGGAGCUUUGAAUCAACUCCCCAGGGCCACGAUUUCCCAUGGAGCUCCCUGGCUGAGUGUCCCUGGGGGCAGGUGUGCGCAGGCCUGUGCCCUGCAGGUUUCUAUUGCCAGGAGGGAUCCGAGGUGCCCACACCAUGCCCCCCCAACACCAUCCGAGCUGUCCCAGGGGCCAGCCAAAGAGAAGACUGCCUGCCUUGCCCCCCAGGCCGCUGGUGUCAAGCAGGAGACCCAGUGAGCUACCUCUGCCCUUCUGGACACUACUGCACUGGGGGGAACAUCACUGGUCCCAGCAGCGUCAUGGUCCCUCAGCAGUGUCCUGAGCAUACCUACUACCCAGGCCUAGGAGCACAGAGCCUAGCAGACUGCCAGCCUUGCCCUCCUGGCUACCGCUGCCCCAUGCCAGGCCUUACCACCUUUGAAGACUACCCUUGCCCCCCUGGGCACUGGUGCCCAGGGGAAGGAGACACUUUCCUUUGCCCACCUGGCACCUUCAGGACCCAGCCUGGUGCAGUCUCCUUGGAUGAGUGUGACCCCUGCUCUCCUGGAUAUUAUUGCCCAGACCCAGCCCAGACAAAGAUGCCCAAUAUCCAAGGAACACCUUGUGAACCUGGCUAUGAAUGCCCACCUGGUUCAGUAAAUCCAAUCAUAUGCAGACCUGGCUUCUACUGUGGGCUUCAUACAGGGCUCCCUUCCAUGUGUCCUGGUGGGUAUUACUGUCCUGAAGGAUCCUCGAGGUACAACACCCCCGAGCAGCUGUGUGUGUUUCCCUAUUACUGCCCCCCCGGGAGCAUGCAUCCGCUUCCCUGCAAAGGAGGAUACAUGGCGUGCAACGUGACGGGCCCCAGGGACUCCUUUGAGACAUGCUGCAGGCUCUGUGAUGCUGGCACCUACCGUAGUGACUUCCUCGCCACCCCAUCCUGCCAGCCCUGCCCAGCAGGCUUCACCUGCCCACCCGGCAGUUCAAAUUACCUCCAGCAGCCCUGCCCCAGAGGCUAUUACUGCCCUCCCAUGGCACAUGCCCCUGUGCCCUGCCCUCCUGGGACGCACGGAAACAGCAGCCUUGCAAAGCACCCUGAUGAAUGCCAUGCCUGUCCUGCUGGUUCCUUCAACCACCUCCGUGCUCAGACAGGGUGUUUUCCCUGCGGGAGCUCUUCCUCCUCACAGCCAGGUGCUACCAGCUGUAGCUGCCAUGGGCUGAACCGGGCAUUUCAGCAGUCAGAUGGCUCCUGUAUCUGCCAGGCAGGGUAUGUUUACUAUGAUGAGAGAGGCAAGAAAAGUUCUGACAGCAACAGUGACCAGGACUGCCAGUCUCAGGUGGAGGAGCGCUGCGCUCCCGGAGAGGUCCGUCUGGCAUCCACGCGCCAGUGUGUUUCACCCGAACAGCAUGACUGCUCUCCUUUCUGUGGCCCAGUGGGUGGAAAACUCAACGCAGAGCUGGGCAUGUGUCACUGUGAACAAUACGUCUCUGCUGAAGAGCUGUGUGACCGGGAGUGCCUGCUGAGAGCCCCACAGAUCUCUCUGAGGGUUGGCAUCAAUCGAGAGCUGCUUCUGAGUGUGGAGGAGGGGGAGGACAGAGAAGUGACCGGCAUCCUGGGACCAGAUGAGCACGUGCAGAGGAGCCAGCGGGUGCAUUUUGUUCUGUUUAGCCCAGGCGGGGUUUUGGGUGUCAUGAUUUCCAGCACAGAAGAGCUCAAUGAAUUCCUCACAGCCUCAGGAGGAUUUGGGCUAGCUACACCCUUGCAGAAAGGUUGGCAUAGCAAGGCCAUCCCUGCCAAGGAUCCACACCGCUUACCCCACAUCCCAAACCCCAUCGUGUGUGUGCAUGUGGGAGACACCAUCCUCUUCCAGCUCAGCAUCCAUCCCCAUGAUCGCGCUUCCAGUCACUACCCGGUCUAUCAGAAACAGCAUCUUUACAACAGCAACCCCAGCUGGGAUUUCGGUCCCUUCCGACGACUGGACCACCUCAUUCGGGAGACCCACCUCAACAUCUCCAAGUUUGCCCACGUUUUCCCAGAUCCUGGGAGAUACGUUUUCAGGGACAACACCGUCCAGGACCGUACCUUGAUUGUGACUGUGAAUGAGGAGAAUAUGGGCUGUGACCCUAAGGAUUCCUCCUUUCAGCCCUCGUCUCCAUAUCAGCUGGCCAGGCAUGGGAUCCUGAAGCACCGGAAGCUAAAUCUAGCGCCCAACUGGGCAGCUGUCACAGCAGUGCUCUUUGUCCUGGGCUUCUUGAUCUUCAUGCUGCUGACCCUGGCAAUUGUGCUGAGGCCCCCCAUCUCCAACCCCAGCCCCAUGAAGAGCUGGAAGCCACGAUGGAGGAGCCUGGGUGAGCCACACAUCCCUCCGGAGUAUGUCCUCAUUAAAGACAGCCUUCAGUUUUAUGAAGCCCUUGGCCCCCACGGCUCUGGUGAAGGAGCUGAUACCGGAGAGAAAGCAAUUAUUUACGGUGCAGGAGAGCAGCAUGCCCUGAGAAACCUGGAGGAUUUCAGUGUCCGCACCCUGUACGAUAAGCUGGAGGACCAGAACCUGCACCUGGCAUCUCAGUUGACCAAACACAGAACGGAGGUGAUGGCCUUUUACAGGGGGAUCAGCCAGAGGAUCCAGGAUCUGGCGGAUAUGGCGCAGGCUCUGAACUCCGAAGGGCUGAAAGUCCUCACCAAGCAAAGUGUCCCCGUGGAUAAGACCCAAAGCACCACUCAGGGAGCCACAGGUACUCAGAAGUGCAAUGAACCCACUGGCAAUGAUGUUCAAGCAGUGGGCUAUGCAGGUGCCGAGUGGCGAGAGGCAACGGAGUUAAUGAAAGCACUGAAAAUCCUCCUUGGUCAAGUCCGUUGUGGGAACGUGGCUGUGAAGACAGAGGUGACACAGCAGCUCCUGGGACAGGACAGGAUGGCCACUCAAGGGAAAGCAGAAACAGAGCAAGGACAGGACCCUGCUCUGUCCCUACAGCAUGGUCUGUCCAGUAGGAAAGGUGCCUUUGCUGGCCUUCCUGGCUAUGAGGAACAAGGGUUAGGCCUGCAGCCUGGGAGUGCCACGCUAGCCUGUCUCACUGAGCUGGAAGUGGAGAGCCUGAUGGCAACUUCCCCCCUUGCCAAGACCCUGCAGGAGAUCAAGCAGGCUUUGGAGAAGCACCAGCAACUGAAACAGCGUCCUAGUCCUCCUGCUGCUCCAGAGGCAGGGUUGCAUGAGAGCUCUCCAGGACUCACUGGGAAUGCCCUAGUCCCCAUGGAUCUAGCCAGCUUGUCUCCUCGGCAAUUUGUGGUAUACCGUUUUGGCUGUGCCAUGGUUCGUCUGCUAAGCAAGGCCUGCUUCCACCCAGCGCUGGUGCUCAUGUUGGCUCAGGCAAUCCCAGACCAAGAUCUGGCGGGGACUGAAGAGGAUUUUCAGAGCCCUGGAGCCUUUUACUAUGAUGCCAUCAACAGACUUCUGUACCUACAUCCAGCAGAGCUGGAGAAUGUGGGGGCAUUUAUUGCCACCCUGCUGAAUGCCCUGGCAAGGAUCAAAACAGGAUCUACCUCAGCUGCAGCUCCUGGUUCUUGCUUUCAGAGGGAGCUCAACAGAGCCAUCAUGGCUCUAGCCAAUGCCUUUUUCCAGAGUUCCUGGGGAGCAGCAGAGAAGGAUCCUAUAGAAGAUAACUCAUCCACUCUCUUAGACUGCCGGACAAUAUUUGAAGAACUGCUGAGGGUUCAAAUGUCACCAGAUCCCUGCUGCCAUGAGAAAUCCCAACGUGAGAGGUUGCAACAUUACCAAUGCUUCCAGCUGCGGGCAGAGAUCCUGGAUUCUGUUGAAAAUUUGGGGAGAGAAGAAGCCGGGAAACGGUCUGAAAACACAGGCAAGAAGAAUGCCGAUUCCCUUCACGUUCAGGUUGCAAAGCUGGAGGACAAGUUGGAUGAGCUGAAUGAGGAGUUUUUACAGCUUACAGUGCAGGCUUUGGCAAGCCAGAAGGAGGGGGAACUACUGGACCAGGAGCUCAGAGCCCAAGAGGAGUUGCUUACGCAGAAGGCAUGGGACACCCCUGGGGAGACAACACAGCACUACACAAGGCUGCUGGAAGCCUGGGCCACAAAGAGAGACCAGACCCAGUUGCUGGAAAUUCGAAGGAGCUGCCUUGCUCAGCGGAUUAGUGACACAGAAUCUGAACUGUUUCAUCUUCAGCAGACUACAGUGGCCACCGGCUUGUCAUCUGCAUAAGUCCUGCAUCCCCUCCAGCUAAAAGCAGCCAACCAAACAAGUUCAGUCAUUGCUGGAGUGAACAACACCUCUGUGCACACAUGCAUACCUAAUAUCCAUAGGACAGUCCAACAUGUAAUAACAUACAGAGACAUAUCAGUACAUACAGGGAGAUAAACAGACUCCAACACAAACUUACACAUGCCUGAUGUGAGUUAUGGAGCAUGUAUGUGCAGGUAAUUACAAGCAGAGGCAAAGACACUGUGGAAUACUAUUUUUAAAACCCUAAAUAUGCAAGUAUGUGGGCAUAGUCAUACAUGCUCAAAUACACACUGAUGGUUGCAUCCUGGAGUUCUUUAGGACAGUGGUUUUCAACUUUUUUUCAUUUGCAGACUCCUAAACUAUUUUAAAUGGAAGCGUGGACCCCUUUGGAAAUUUCAAAUGGAGGUACGGACCCCUUUGAAUUGUAAGUGUGGGUAUUCAUAUACUUGUGGUUGAUCAUACUUAUGUUUCGUGGACCCCUUCGACAUAAUCUGUGGUCUGUGGACCACAGGUUGAAAACCACUGCUUUAGGACAUUCAUAAGUAGGCAAUCUUGAAGAUUAUUAACCCUGUUCAUUGAUCUGUAUAUGCCACUGUCCAUUGGUGAGAUCCAGAAGAGCCUUCAUGUACAUUAUAAGCAACUACAUUGCAUUGCAAAGGGUAUUUUUCCUUCCUGGAUAAAAGCUGCUUUGGACCUCUACAGUCUGGUUUAUACCAUGCACUCAAGCAGUAACUGGCACUGCCAGUUCCAGGAAGGGUGGGCCCACAAAUUCCCGAGACAUCUGUGGGAUACUGCUAGGGACGUCCCUCAUGUGCUGAAAUGUGCCUGUUUCUAAAUUACUAAUUGAUCCUAAAACUUGGCCCUUUUCUUCCAUGGAGCUCAAAGCAGUUUACAUUGGAAUAAUGACUUUCACAAUGUUUUGGACACUAAACAUAGGGGAGAAUUACUUGUCAUGGUUUAGCAAGAAGGUCUUAAAAUUUACAUCUGGAAAAACAGCCGGCGCCAAAACUGACUUAAAGCAUGAGGAGGAGAGCGUCUGGGUUGUUCUGCGCCAUGUUACUGCUGUCCGGGUUCCAGCAGCAGACUUCUUCUAGUACUGCCGAGUGGCAGGAUUGACUUUAGAGGCAUUGUACAAAGACAUGGGGCAUUUGAAGGCUGGUUCCUUGCCAUCAUUUUACCUCUCUUCACUUGUUAGCGUUGCAGAUGACAGGGAAGCCAAUGGACUCCAUUCACUGUUUCAGAGGGGGAGAACUAAUCCCCAGUGUUUCAUGCCCUGCAUAUUUCCUUGUGUACUGGGAGAAGCUGAGCAUUCAGCAAGAUGUGUGCACUUUUCCUCUGUGCAAACAGUUCUUCAGAGCAACUUCUGCUCCCAGAGGCUCCAUCUGCAGCCCAAGCUCUGCAGCAUCUCCUGCCUCCAGAGAGUAGGACUGCCAGGAGCCGUGGCCUCUGUCUGCUGCCAGCGCGUUCACGUUAAUUAGGAGUGUGUUUCCAGCCUGGGAGAGGCCGAGACUUGUGUAGCGGUGAGCUCUCCCGGCAGAGAGCACUCCUACACCAUUCCUACUGUUAUUUUGGCUGCAAUGAGAGGGGCUGAGCAAACCCUUUGCCUUGGAAACCGAAUCCUGGAACUGAAAGUUGAUUGCUUUUUUAAAAGAAACUGUAACUUCCAUUCUUCAAGCCAGCCUAUGAUGAAGCCAAACUAAUGUCUGGCUAUGAAACAGGCCUGGUUUCGUUUGAGCAGGGCUAGAAGCAACAUGCUUCCUCCCUCCGUUUCUCCCCAGUUAUCCUCAGUCCCCUCCCAGGUGAGAUACUGUAAAGCAAAGCAUCCUGGCAAGGGGCCAGCCCAGCACCUUGCCUCCCCAUGCAGGCAGGUGCCUGACAGAAGAUGCCAAGAGUCCUGUUAGGUUUUUUGAAUGAAUAAUGGGCUGAUAUUUGCUCAGCUGCUGCCACAUAAAGACGUUUCUCAACCCUGCUGGUUCCUAGCCUAAACAAAUGUUUGCAAGGCCCACGGGUGGCAUGAUCCGAAGGACAAACAAGGCAUGUUGGUGCCUGGCAGCCAGGACAGGCACCCUAAGCUUCACUUUUAGCUGCCUUCUCGGUCGUAAGUGAAGGAAUCUGGAGACUCUUCCUGCCAGAGAACAUUUCCAGGUUAUUCCCAGACAUGUUUAUAACUGUGCUGUUCGGUGGUAAGUGACCUGCCCAACCUUGACUCUCCGUUGUCUCCUGUCCGUUCGCAAAGAACCAGGUUACGUGGGCUGGGUGAUCUCGGGACAUCUCUGGGGAGAGCUGUAGAGAAUGAACAGGCUCUUUUUAACAUUAACUGUAAGGUCCAGCCUCUCCUGGAGAGUAUGAAGCACUGCUGUGGCUGUGAGAGUGAAGGGGAAAUUGAGCUGGCAGAUGAGAGCGGCCAAGUGAAGAAUUUGCUCCAGAACCAGCAUGGCUAUGCCUCAGAGCUGCUGCAUGAGAGAGAACUGUGUGUGCUCCUCAGCGUCGCACGAUCAGAUGGCUCUGCAGAGGCAGUAUUUACACCGUUGCUGAAACAUGAAGGAAUUAUUAACCCUAAAUUUCUAGCAAAACUGGGGAAUUGGGAAGACUCCAAGGUACCGUCCGCCCGAGCAAGGUCCAGAAAGGCCAGCAGAAAACCCACCUUGCACUUAGAGAUCCCAGCUGCUGAUGCCACAACAAGCUACCCACUGACCGGCUGCGCUGUGUUGCCCAUUGGAGAUGCUUCACUUUCUGGAGGUGGCACUGCUGAAAAAGAGUCAAGAGUGGAAGGCACUGCAUAGAGUCUUGCUCCUGCCCAAGGAUCCAAGGAGCUUGCAAUCAAAAGGGUCAGACCUGCUCUACUCACCUCACUGACGUCUGUAGCAUGAUGAAAGCCAAGUGCCUCUUUCUGGGUAUUGCUCUGUGAGACAGCAGAGUGAAUUUGCAGCCAAGCUUUCUCCAUCUAAAUACAACCUCAACCAUGGAUACAGUUGUACAGACUGUGAAGAAGGAGCUGCAGACUCACAGAUGGGAGCAGUUUGACAGCUC